CGGCUAUGCGAAAUAAGAAGGAAGUCGCAUUUUCCCUCACUUUCUUCCCCCAACUUUCUCGAGAAAGUAGCGUCAGGAAAAGAGAAGAGAAAAUGUCCGCAAAGCGCUUCCUCUUCGCUCUCAUUUCGUCUCUCUUUUUCUCGGUCUCCCUCUGUAAUUCGCAAGACGUCGCUGCGCUGCUGGCCUUCAAAUUGUCGACGGGCAGCUCCGGCUCGCUCGCCGGAUGGGUUAACUCGUCGAACCCGUGUCUCGGCUCGUGGCUCGGCGUCACCUGCAACGCGAGGACUCACCGCGUCGCGAGGCUCGUCCUCGAGAACCUCAAUUUGAGCGGCUACAUCCAGCCGCUGAGUCAGCUGGCCGAGUUGAGAGUCCUGAGCCUGAAGCACAACCAGUUCGCGUCUCUCUCCGUCAACCUCUCCUCGUGGCCGAAACUCAAGCACCUCUACCUCUCGCACAACGGGUUAUCCGGCGAAUUUCCCUCCGGGAUAUCGACCGUCUGGCGCCUCCGACGGCUCGACCUCUCCCACAACAACUUUACCGGCGUGAUUCCGCUGGCCGAGCUGGCUCGGUUGCCGCGCUUACUCACUCUCCGACUCGAGGCAAACUCGUUCACUGGAACUCUCAGCUCGGCUGUUUACUCGUUCCCUUCGCUUCGGGACGCCAACUUCUCGGACAACGAGCUCUCGGGACAAAUUCCGACAUCCCUGUCGCGCUUCCCCAUGACGGCCUUCUCCGGAAACAAAAACCUCUGCGGAAGGCCGUUGUCAUCCGUUUGCUCCAACCCCACAGCAGCAAUCGGCUCUGUGCCGACUGAGGCGAUAGCUCCGAAACCGAAGCAUCUGAACGAUCGUGCCGUGCUGUCGAUCGUCGCAGUCGACGCAGUCGCAAUCACGGCGGCGCUCGCGACCGUCACGUGGUGCUGUUACAGGAAGAAACGCCGCCGCAGCGAAAGCCUCAGCGAGGCCAAAACCAGAGCUCAGAAGCAGACACACGGAAUCAACGGCGGUGGCAGCGGAAAUGGAGGCGAACUGGUGGUCUUUGGCAGGCGUAGGGGGUUCGACAGGGUAGACGAUCUUCUACGAUCGUCGGCGGAGCUGUUGGGGAAGGGGAUCGUGGGGACCACAUACAAGGUGGUGAUGGCGGACGGCGGCACGGUGGUGGUGAAGAGGGUGAGGGAGGCGCUGAGGAGGAGGAGGAAGGAGGCUGAUGUGAAGCUGAGAGAGAUUGGGGGUCUGAGGCAUCCCAAUGUGGUGAGCCUGAGGGCUUUCUAUCACUCACAGGACGAAAUGCUCUUGGUCUAUGACUACUUGCCCAGAGGAAGCCUGCACUCUCUGCUUCAUGAGAAUAGAGGACCAGGGAGGACUCCAUUGGAUUGGACCACCAGGAUAAGGCUAGCUGCAGGUGCCGCGAGUGGCCUAGCUUACCUUCACGAGUAUAGCAAUGCGAAGCUCGUCCAUGGACACCUCACGUCAUCGAACAUCAUAGUCGACGACGGAGGAAGCGCCUGUGUUUCCGACAUCGGUCUCCACCAACUCUUGCCUUCGCCAUUUUUGUCAAACGACGCCCAUGCAGCUCCGGAGCUGAUGCUGAACAACAAUCACGGGAGCACUCAGAGGAAAUAUACUCAAAAGUGCGAUGUCUACAGUUUCGGGGUUGUCAUCCUUGAAAUUCUGACGGGGAAAGUGGCGACCGGAGAGGGAGAGACGAGUUUGGUGAGAUGGGUUCAGCGUGUACCCCAAGAAGAGUGGAAAAGGGAAGUGUUCGAUUUCGAAUUGUUGGGUUACAAGGAAAUGGAAGAAGACAUGACGUCUCUUCUGCAAGUGGCUUUGCUCUGUUUGGCUACGUUGCCGAGUAAUCGUCCCAAAAUGAGAGUGGUUCACAAUAUGAUUGAAGAUAUCAGGACCAAGGACGGAAGAGAAGGGCCGACGAAUUGUUCAGUGAACAAUCUGUCUUCCGAUUCUUCGCCUUCUCAGUCUGAAAACACUUCAAAUGCGUUAGCAGCUGAUUUAUGAAGUGAUGGGUACGGGCAAAACAAAUCUUGUUUAAUCUCGACAGAAAGGCAGGGGAAGCAGGAUCUGCGAUCAUCUCCACCCUCCAGUAAACCAUAAAUGCAAGGGAAAACAGAGGUCCUCUCUUCCAGAGUUGCAGGGUAGGUACUCUACUAGUGUAGCGCAUUACUAAUACACACGCAUGUUUCAUUAUAUUCUUUCUUCCAAAUUGAACAGUUAAUUAUCAUGUGCCGAUUAUGUUGAUGCCAUUUCCGAGAGAUUGAUUACCUAUGAUACCGAGCUUUCCUUGUCUCCUACCCUCCGCUUUUCUGUCCUGUCAUGAGAUAACAGAGUACAAAUUUCUGGUGUGGAUGUGCUUGACCACAAAGAACUGUAAUGCCAGAGUUAAUCUUUCUCUUUCACUCAAGGAAUGCAAGUUUUUGACAGAUAGGUGAUCUGGGUGUAACACAUCACCAAUUGCUAUGGAAUUUACUGUGGUCCACGGAAUAAGUCAUGAAAUCUU